UCUGAGAGAAGGAGAAGAAAAACAGGAGGAGGUUUGUUUUGCUUCAGAGAAGCUGCUGGGUUCCGUCAACAUAUUUCUUUCUGUAAACUGGGAGGCAGGCGGUGGAUUUAACGCUUUAAUCAGAGAAAACCAGCGAGAAGCAGCCGAACCUGUCUGCUUUGAUCCGAACCAGAGCUGCUGAAACUGGCACAGGAUGACUGCCUAUCGUUGGUGGAUCGUCCAUCUUCUCCUCUUCACCUCCACCUCUGCUCGCAGUGACUUCUUUACCUCCAUUGGUCAGAUGACAGACCUGCUGUUCAUGGAGAAGGACCUGGUCAUGUCACUGAAGGACUACAUCAGAGCAGAGGAGGACAAACUGCAGCAAAUCAGAAGGUGGGCGGAUAAACUGGAAGCCCUCUCAGCUGCUGCCACUGAGGAUCCUGAAGGUUUUCUGGGUCAACCGGUAAAUGCCUUCAAACUAAUAAAAAGACUCAACACAGAGUGGACGGAGCUAGAGAGCCUUGUCCUGAUGGACAUGUCUGAUGUGUUCGUCUCCAACCUGACCAUCCAGAGGCAGAACUUUCCCAGUGAUGACGACCAGACCGGAGCUGCUAAAGCUCUGAUGAGGCUACAGGACACCUACCAGCUGGACACCGACACCAUCUCCACUGGUCAGCUAGCGGGUUUGUUCUCCGUCACGCCCGCGCACCUCACUCUUACGGUAGAUGACUGCUACGACCUUGGGAAGGUGGCGUACUCGGAGGCGGACUACUACCACACGGAGCUGUGGAUGGCUCAGGCCCUCAAGCAGCUGGACCAGGGGGAGACGUCCAGCACUGUGGAUGCUGUCGCCAUCCUGGACUACCUGAGCUACUCUGUGUAUCAGCAGGGGGGGCUGCGGAGAGCCCUGGACUUCACUAAGCAGCUGCUAGAACUCGACCCAACUCACCAAAGAGCCAACGGCAACCUGAAGUACUUUGAGUAUCAGCUGUCCAAACAGAAAAAGGUGGAGGGCAGGGAGGAUGAGGAGCAGCAGAAACAGAGGAAGGAGAGUCAAGGUCGCCAUGACGACUACUUGCCCGAGAGGAACAAGUACGAGAAACUGUGUCGCAGUGAAGGCAUCCGGAUGACCCCUCGAAGGCAGAGCCGCCUCUUCUGCCGUUACUACGACAAUGGCCGCCACCCAAGGUUUGUAAUUGGUCCGGUGAAACAGGAAGAUGAGUGGGACCGGCCCCACAUUGUCCGCUACCAUGAUGUUGUAUCUGAAAAUGAGAUGGAGAAGGUGAAGGAGCUGGCCAAACCCAGGCUGCGUCGAGCCACCGUCUCCAACCCCAUCACCGGAGUUCUGGAGACGGCCCAAUAUCGCAUCAGUAAAAGACGUGCAACAGUUCAUGAUCCUCAGACAGGAAAAUUGACCACAGCUCAUUACAGAGUCUCCAAGAGUGCUUGGCUCGCAGCAUUUGAACAUCCAGUCGUGGAUACAAUCAACCAGAGGAUCGAGGACAUCACGGGCUUGGAUAUCAGCACAGCUGAGGACCUGCAGGUGGCGAACUACGGGAUUGGAGGACAGUAUGAGCCUCACUUUGACUUUGGACGGAAAGACGAGCCGGAUGCAUUUGAGGAGCUGGGCACCGGGAACCGGAUCGCCACGUGGCUGCUCUAUAUGAGCGACGUGCAGGCAGGGGGCGCCACCGUCUUCACUGAUAUCGGUGCCUCUGUGAAGCCCAAAAAGGGCACAGCGGUGUUCUGGUACAAUCUGCACCGCAGUGGCGAGGGAGACUAUCUGACCCGACACGCCGCUUGUCCGGUUCUGCUGGGAAACAAAUGGGUUUCCAACAAAUGGAUCCAUGAACGAGGACAGGAGUUCAGGAGACGCUGUGGUCUCCUGGAGUCCGACUGACCUCUGACUGUGCCACCAACACUCCUUCAGAUCCGAUUUCUUCCUCUGAUUCUCUGCAGCUGCUAAACUUAACCGCUCAUCCGAUCAGACACUGUUGUUAUCUUUGUUGUGUGCGUUGUUGUGUUUCUGAUGUGUUUAUAAGGCUCCAUCUGUUAGCAAACUCUUGGUGUCAAGAACAAAGAACAUUAGUGUUUCUUUUCCAUCAUAAACAUUCAGUUUGUUUGAGGAAACACUAUAAAAACCCGUCUGAGCUCCGUUCAAAAACGAGUGUCAGAAUUAGUUUCACAUCCUCACAGCUGCUUGGCUCAGUUGGAAUUAUUUUAAAACCUGAAAAUUUUCACGGUCAAUUUAAAAUUAUGGUGUGUAACGGAGAAAUCAGAGUAACCCCUGUGCCAAGCUAGUUCAUGUUUAACUGCGAUAGAAACAGAAAAGUCCCAGUUUAAAGGUCCAAUAAGUAAGCAGACAGUGUCUAAAGUUACCAUCAUGUUGGAAGGAAGGUUAUAUUGAAACAGAUUUCCUUCUCUGCCGGUUAGGAGGGGGGCUGUCAGUUUUCUCCUCUCCAAAAGGGACAUAGGCCCAAUCCCAAUACUCGCACUUCCACACUUGCGCCCUUCAAUUCCCAUCCAGGUGUGUGAGUAUGUCGGGUGUCCCAAUUCUCCAGUGUGGAAGUUGACCACUCCUCUUUUGCACCCUUGAUCUCCACCACCCAAAUCCGCACUGAUGCAGACUUGAGUGGUGUAUUACCCACAAUACAUUGCUGCGGGAGAAAAGGCACAAGUGCCUUUUCUGAAAAUAUGUAUUUUCAAAUUAAAGUAGUCCAUUUUAGGAUGAUAUUUAGAUAAAGCAGCAAUGAAUGUUAUUUUUUUUAAUAAUUGUUUGGUUGUUUGUUUAAAAGUUGUUAAUAAAGUUUUUUUUUUUGAAAAAGUAGCACAGCAGAACCCCAGCAUGCGUUGCGGUCGAUGACGCAAUGCUCCCCGUCCCAAUUCAGCAAUUAUCACACUCUCGAAGUCUUACAGUGCACUUCCUCCAAAUGCACUUCACAGAAGACCGUAGGGUGCAUUGCUAGUAUUGGGAUUAGGCCUUACUCAUGGUUUACAAUAUGUACCGCCACCAUGUUUCCUGGUUCCAGAGCCAAUCAUAUGUGAGACCACAAAGUUGCCAAGUCUUCAACACAAACACUGCUUCAGUUAAUGCUGCUGUGCUGGUAUUUGUAAUUCAACUAUGACAAGCAAAAGUAGCAGAGUUGUAGAAAUAAAUGGAAGCCAGUGAACAGGAGCGACCCAGAAGUUAUUUCUUGUACCCCUAAGAAGACACGACAUCCUUUUGUUUUACUCUAAUAUCGGAGCAAGAAUGCUAGAGGCCAACAUUGAGCUAACAAAACUAACAGUGAAUUAGAAGCAAAUGGUCAGCUCAAGCUACUUUUUUCAACCAACAACUCGUUAUUACAGUGAAAUGUAUGUGUGAAGUGAAUAAUGAGUCAAUUGUGGUGUUUUACUCCCUUAAAGCUGCAUUCCAGAGUUUUCCCCUUUCAUAAAUGAUAUGAUUUUUCUGAAAUCCGUAAAAGUGAUUAUCUCAUCAUGUACUGUGAUAAAAUGUAAGCAAUACGUCUUUUUUUUUGCUAACCACGCCCCCUGCCCCGCAGAGCGCCGUGCAAUAGGAAACUGUACUAACCAGACCAGUACUAACCAAUAGCGUUGCACUACCGCUUACUUGCUUCAAAUUUAAGGAAUACCUUGACUGAUGCAGAGUUGAUGAACUUUUCACAGACAAGAAAGUCUCUAAAAUAUAAAUAUAUGAGAACACAGCAUGACAUGAGAAUAAUACUCGUAAAACAACGUGUUUCAGCUCUGUUUGUCAGCUACAGAAGCACAUUUAUAAACCGAAGCGUGAAGUCGCCAUCUUAAACAGAGGAAUAGACUUUUUGUGUGAUUUGCUUGUCAGCCACUAGAUGGUGCCAUCGGAUAAGAGAAAUACCCCAGAAAGAAGCUUUAAAGCCCCAUUCCUGAACUUUGUGGGUAUGCGUUCUCUGUUGCCCUGUCCUGGCUUGCUGUGUAACGUCACUGUUGUAAAAUCAGAUCUCUCUGACAGCAUGUUUACUGGCUGUUUUCCAACUCGCAUGCCCAAACAAACACAUUAAGCGGCGUUUCUGUGUUGAAUAAAGUUUUAUCAGGACUGUAUAACAACUUUAUUCCCGACCAAACACAAUAACCCCCCGUUGAAAUAUUACUUACCUAUCCAUUAGCAGCACGGCUAAGUCAGAGUCUGUACAUGCUGUUCUUUCAAGAACAGCUCUCCAGCGAGAAAAAGCCGUCCCAACAUUAACUCUGGUCCUUGCUCUAUCACAUUCUCUUUUUCUAUUCCUAGAUUUCUCUGAUGAGGGAUUUCUAGCUUUCUUUGGUGGAUCUGCCAUUGCUCAAGUCUCUAAACCACGGGUCUACCACAGACAUAUGUAGACGCCCCGUGGGCUAGCGCUGCCAUAGUUGCUGGCCGCCAUUUUAAAUGGGUCUCCAUUCGCCCCCAGUGCAUUAGUUUCUGUUAAGGUAGGUGCUACUCAACUAGAAAACACAUUUUAUCAAGCGUUUUCACAAAAUCUGACACAAGUUGCUCACUCUGCAUUAAUUUUGGACUUUUCUACAAUCUGCUUUGGAGAGUGAGACCCAUCCGUAAAGCAACACGCAGUCAGUACUUCGACUGCGAGUCAAAAACUACAGUGUGGUAAACAUACGUGGGACCCCAUCACACUAUCACAGCUCAGAAAAUGAACAUAAUAGAUGAUAGUGUGCCACCAAAACUUCUAAAAAAAAAACAUUAUUUAAGAUGUAAAAGUUGCAGAAUGGGGCUUAAACAAGUUGUUCAGAACAAUAACAGCAAACAACAACACUUCAUCUGAUGCUGGAGUUAAACUACCGUAAUAAGUGUGGUAAAUCCCAGUCCUUGGAGGUGGGGGGAAACUGCCCUUCAUGUUUUAGAUCAGGAGCAUUUAAUUCUGGGCCUGGAGAGCUGGUAUCUAGAAUGUGUUAUUUUUAACUGUUUCAACACACCUGCUUUCAAUCAGCAGGUGAUUAACAGGCUUCUGCAGAGCCUGAUGAGCUGCUGCACAAGUGAUUCAACCACUGAAUCAAGUGUGUUGGAGCAGGGAAACCACUAAAACAUGCCAAUACCGGCCCUCCAAGCCCGGAAUUGAAUACCCCUGUUUUAGGUGUUUAUUCACUCCAACACAACAGAUUUUUUUUAUCUUUUGAUGCUGUUGUCUCUAACUUGACCACUAGAUGGCAGUAAAUGUUACAAACAUUACCUUUAAACUAGAAACUGUUCUGUGUUGCUUGGGUCAGAUCAGUUAAUCUUAUAAACCAGGCAACCAGUUUUAUGCACUCUUACUUUACUUUUAUUUCUAUUCAUUAUUAUUGGCCUUAUUGGUUUCUACAAUACUUUAUUAUGAUGCUUGGAAAUUGAUUAAAUCAGCUCAGAAGCUGAGUUCCUGUUUAUAAAUCAGAAGUCUGCAAAGUUAUGUUCUGGGAAAACUUGGCUCAGGAUAUCAGAGAGUUUUCUCCCAUCUCCCUGAGGUCCGCUCAGAUUCAGGGACAUAAUAUAAUACUAAUCUGAUAAAUGGACAGUUUCAUUAGAAAGCUCUGUGUCUUUAGUUCUUGACAUUCUACUAAACAGAUCUACUACUGCAGAAACAAACACUCCCCCUGCUGUUACACUCCUCCAGCACUUUAUUCUGAAUUUCACUCAUUUCCUUGUGUAAAUGAGAUUUUAAAACUUGUAGAUGUUUCCUGGUUAAAUAAAAAUAAUUCAGAAAACUGGACCAAUAACGGUAGCUUUGAUGUUCCCUUGAAGCAGCUAGCUGAGCCUUAAUGCUGCCUCUGAUUGGCUGCAGAGCCUCAUAAAUGUAAUCUGUGGUUUACCACACUGAGAACAUGCAGUUUUCUGUCUGGGUUAUUGGGUUCUGGUUCAUUUCCCAGCGCUCCUGUUUGUGUGUUCAUAGAAGAGUUGUGUUAAGAGUCUGAUCCGAGUUUAUCAUGAGGUGAUCACUUUUACUGAUCCAAUUAAACCCAGAAUGCUGAAACAAA